AUGAGCGGCCUGCAGCAGUCCAUCUUCUUCCUCAGACUUCCCGAUCUGAAGAAGCUCUGCUGCGUGGCUCUGUCUCUGCAGGGGGAAAACGAGGAGCCCCGGAGCAGACAGUUAAAGACCUGCAGACAGCUGGUGUUGAUGUACUCUGAUAUUCUGGCUUCUCCGGCGCUGGACUCCUUCACUGAUAUCACUGUGGUCAUGGCCAUCCCGUUUUUCCAGAAGCGUAUCCUGCAGGCGUUCGCUCAGAGACACGGUCUGCAGAUGGCCCCCCCUCAGUGUUUGUUUCCAGGUGUGCUGCAGUGUUGUGUGUCCUACUCUCUGAUCUGCAGACUGGCUCCCAGCUGGAACAAGGCUGGACUCUACCUCAUCACUGGUAAAGACUUCCUGACUGGGAGUGGGAGGCAGAACGCUGUCAGUUUGCAGAUGAGCACCAGCGAGGGUCAGCUGUGCCUCAGUGUUGAAGCGAACAGCGUCAGACUGCCCCCGAUCGCACUGGAGGAUUUCAACCUCCCCCCGCUGGUUCUGAGGAGGUUCUGCAGCGACCCGGAGUCUGUCCUGAACCCGUCCUCCAGCGGGGGGAACAUCUGGUGCCACGUGCUGCCCAGCAUGAAGAAAGGUCAGAUAAUCACCAUCAGUCGUCAGCUGCCCAAAGAUGGACCUUUUAAAACCUACAGAGAGCUGCAGAACCACUGGAACUGCCUGUAUGGUUACAGACUCCCUGAGGUUGCAGAAGAGGAGGUGGUUUACUGCAGCGUUUACUUCAGACUGGUGGGAGAGAGGCUCUUCACAUAUCCUCUGAGCUGCGUGCGCCUGCAGCCACUGCAGCGCCUCCCCCGUGUCGACCUGCAGGGAGCGCUCAGCUGCUUCCUGUCCGACGUCAGGCAGCGGCUGCAGAGUGUGUGUGGUUUCCCUGCACACCUCACCGGGAAACCCUGUUACAGCACCGUCAGCCUGAGCUCUGCUGCGAGCCUUCAGGUGCUGAGUGCUGAUCAGGUGAACCUCUCCUCCUCUUCCUCCCUGAGGUCUGCCCUCAACCAGCUGCCUCCCCCUCUUCCCCCCCGACCACUGAAGCCCUUCCUCGGCUCGCAGCCUCCCUCCCUCCCCCCUCAGUACGGAGCCCAGGGGCUUCUGGGUAACCGGCGUGGAUUCACACAAAGUCAAGGACCUCCUUCCUCCUCCUCCUCCUCCUCCUCCUCCUUUUCUUCACUGGUUUCCUUUUCCUCUUCCUCUUUCCCCCCUCUUCCUCCCAAUAAAUUGGUGCCCAUCUUCAGGAAUAAGUUUCCCUCACGCCACGUCAACACCGCCCUGCUGCGCCUCCAGAAGCAGAGAGAAGGGGGAGGGAGGGUGACGUUACCCACCUUAAAAACGCCCCCCACUUCUUCUUCUACGUCUUUGUCAGCGGCGUCACUUCCUGUCCCUCGCUUCUCCCGCCGCCCGGCUACUCACUCUUCCCUGUCCAACUCUAACCCCAAUCUGAAGCACAUCCUCACCCUCAGCCCGGUGUCCAAAUGCGGCCUCGCCCCGCCGCCGAAACCAGAGAUCAAACCCAGAGUGAAGUUUAGCUCAGAUGCUAACUCCGAAGCUACACUUCCGUCAGCUGCUAAACCGCCCGACGACAGACUCGCCUCAAGCAGCUCAGAGGGAGUUGAGUCCGAGUCAAAGAAGAAGAAGCAAAGAUCUGCGGUUGGAGACAUGGACGUGGCUCAGAUGACCCAGAGCAACCAGCUGUCGAAGCUGAACACAGCGACCCUGUCCGCCUGGCUGAGAGGAAGAGGAGUUCAGGUCACCGCCAAACUGAGGAAGGAGGAUCUGAUGCUGAAGGAGUUUCCAGCAGCGUCUGCAGGAGCCAAGAGGCGCUUUACUUCAUAUUCCCCAACAGGAUCCUCAGAAAUCAACUCUGAACUCAGUGAGCUGGUUAGCUGCCCGGCUCUGUUGUGAUUGGUCAACCACUUAGGGAUGUCCCGCCCCCUUAGCCUGUCAGAAACUCUGGAACCUGAUCAGAGGAGGAGGAGGAGGAGGAGGAGGAUCUACAGGGGGAGAUCUGCAGUAUUUUCACAUUUUACUCAAG